AAUACGCCAUCGCCAAGCCCCUGGUGGGGGGAGGUGGGGCCGCGCGUGAUCGCGGGGCUGCUGGGCGCAGUUUUAUCUACACGGUGAAAUAUUACUGUCAGGAGACCUCAGCAUCAUGGACAGUAAUUUUAAUGCCUUGAACAACCUGUCUCUGGACAGUUUCCUCGGGGGAGCCAAGGAUUAGAAGCUGAGACACUGGUGUGUGAACUGGAAACUUCGGGCCUUUUGGAGGAACACACUGGAUGACUUUGAACUGUAGGUGGAGCUCCCAGAGAGGCGUUGAUAGGGGUCCGGUGCAGACAGCCACAUGGAUACCCCUGAGACAGACCACAAGUCUAUGUUACUGUGUUGAUCUAGUCCACCUCCAGUCUGUCGCCUCCUUGACUUCUCAGUGGUGCAGAGAUACUUCUGGAAAUGAACCUGCCCCAAAAGGAAGUUGCAUUUUCAUACCGAAUGAAAAGUAAGCAAGUGGCAGAAACCACCUGACUUGACCACACCUGUCGUCACUGGACUGCGCCACCAGUUGGGGACAGAAAAGUGCUUCUAGGAGGAAUACCAGAUGAAGAGGAUGAGGCCAUCUGGAGAGUAAAUGGCCACCACCACUCCCCCAGAGACAAAGCCAGCCUCAUGGUGGAACUACUUUUUUCUGUAUGAUGGUUCCAAGGUAAAGGGAGAAGGAGAUCCAACCAGAGCUGGUAUCUGCUACUUCUAUCCCUCCCAGACCCUGUUAGACCAGCAGGAGCUGCUCUGUGGUCAGCUUGCUGGAGUCGUCCGCUGCCUGUGGGACCUUUCUGGCACCCCUCCCACACUCAUCCGUCUGCGGAAGCUCAAGUUUGCCAUCAGGGUGGAUGGGGACUAUCUGUGGGCUCUGGGCUGUGGUGUGGAGCUCUCCGAUGUCAGCUGCAGGCAGUUUCUAGAUCAGCUCAUCGGAUUUUUUCAUUUCUACAUGGGCCCUGUCUCCCAGGCCUACAAGAACUGCCCUCAGGGGGAGCUGAGCUUGCAGUGGGAUCUCUUCAUCACACAAGUCCUCAGGAGCACAAGCGAAUCACACAGGAUCUUCAAUGCCCUGUGGAACCUGGACCAUACCAAGGUGGAGCCCCUGCUGCUGCUGAAGGCAGCUCUCAUCUUGCAGACCUGCCAGCGCUCGCCCCACGUCCUUGCUGGCUGCAUCCUCUAUAAAGGACUGAUUGUGAAUUCCCAGCUCCCGCCUUCCCUCACUGCCAAGGUCCUGCUUCAUCAGACUGUACCUGCAGACCAGAGACUGCCUGGAGCAGGGGCUGCCCCACAGGAAGCAGGAGCAGCUUUGCCCCCUAAUGUGCAGAUCACCCCUGUUUUCCUGAGUGAGGAGGAAGUGGCCAGCCUCCAGGAGUUCACAGUAGAGAGCGAAACUAGACUCCAGGGAAGUUCAUCUCAGUACCCUGCCUGGGAUCAGAGCACCUCUACCCUAGCAGAAGAUGCCACAAGGUAUGCGCCAUCUAUGGCUGGGACAUCAGCUGCCAUCCUGGAGCCCACCCCCCAUGAUGGAGCAUGGCUGAACGGCAGUGGGACAGAUGAACACUUGCCUGGGCAUGAGCAGGAACAUUGUGGGACCACAGGACUGGGCCCCACUGCCUGUGGCUGGGGCACUGGCCUCAGCAGCAGGCUGCAGAAGGAGCUGGGUUUCUCCCAAGAGGAACUGGACUUGCCUGAAAUCCACAUUUCUGAGGCUCAGGAAGCCAUCCCAGCUGUGCCUGCCCCAGGUGAUCAGGAAGCAGUCUUCCCCAGCCCCCAGGACCCCACACUUCCUGAAGUCACAGCCAUUUGCAGGUGCCUGGACCUUUCCCCUCUUGAGAGGCCUCCUGAGAGCAGAGGGCCAGAAUGGCUCACAGACCCUCCCAUCACCAAUGGCGAAGCCCGAGUUCCUGGCGCAGACCCUCUCCCCAGCAGCAGGCCUGUGGCACUUCCUCCCAGUGAUCCUGCGGGCACAGAGCCCAGUAUGGAGAAAUAUGCGGAUGGAGCCGACUCAGCCCUAGCAUGCAGUCCCCACUCAGCUGACUGUCAGGGCCCCUGGCCCUCUGCAGGCAGCAGUGGCUUCAGGCCAUCCGCAGCUGGACUCCACGAAGGCCUCAUGCCCAUGAAGCUCUACACUCACAGUGUGAAUGGGCUGGUGCUGUCCUUGCUAACAGAGGAGCCUCUUCUCAGAAACGCUGCAGCCAUCGAGGAGGUGUACCACAGCAGCCUGGCAUCGCUGAAUGGGCUGGAAGUCCACCUGAAGGAGACACUGCCCAGAGCUGAGGCCAGCCCCAAAAGCAGCACCUACAACUUCAUGCAUUACGACCGCAUCCAGAGGGUGCUCUCAGCCAACCUACCUCUGGUGGCUGCUCCCCAGGACCGCCGCUUUCUGCAGGCCGUCAGCCUCAUGCACUCUGACUUUGCCCGGCUGCCCCUGCUGUACGAGAUGACCGUCAGGAACGCCUCCACGGCUGUGUAUGCCUGCUGCAGCCCUGCCCAGGAGACCUACUUCCAGCAGCUGGCGCCCACAGCCCGCAGCUCUGGCUUCCCGAGCCCUCAGGAUUGUGCCUUCAGCCUCGCAGGCAAGGCCAGGAGGAAGCUGCUGAAGCACGGGGUAAACCUGCUGUGAGCAGAGCACAACCUGCACUGGGCCGCGGCCCUCCACACAGUGUCCCCAGUGUUCAGGGCCGAGCAGGACCUCGCUCCUCAGUGGGUGCUGAAUGGCACCAAAUGGGCUCAGGUGCUGGCCUUUGUGACUUGAGACUUGACUAUGGUACAGAGCAGGCUACAACUCAAGAAUGCAGCUCUGGGAAUCUCAGCUGACAGUCUACUCAUGGUACCCAUGGUGCUUUGCAACCUUGUGGUGCUGAGUUCCAGUUUAUGAAACAGAUUCCCCAGGGCUCAAAAAUAAAAUGACCAAACUGA